AUUCAAAAGACAAAAGAAUGGUUGAGAUGCAGUGGAAAAAAUGCAAACAAAAAAAGUGAUAGGUUGAAGAGCAGAAAAAUUGCAAUCUUUAUUUUCUUCUUCGGUAAUUGGAGAACAUUUUGCUGCACAUAAAUUGGUGUUGGUUCUCAAAUUUAGCAAAGAAUUUAAAAUCUAGUUAUCGGACUGCGGUCGUACAAAGGUAAGAGAAAAACGCACCCAACUCCUCCCCGCAGAUCAGGACCUUCUUCGUUGCUCCUCACAAUACCUAGCAGCACAAGCAGAGUGGAUAGGCUCGGGUUAUUGUGGUCAGGCUACUUUGUUCAGAUCAGCAGUUGGAUCAAACGAUUGGUGAUGGAAUUAUCGCAGCAGCAGCGCAAACAAAAUUCUACGACCUCCUCUUCUUCCGGUGCGUCUCCUGCUGGGAACAGCGCAGGAGUCGGAGCCAGCGGUGGCCCUGGCAACAACAACUACGACAGUUCUCACAGCAGCAGCAACACCGAAGACUACAACACCGAGACUGACGAUCGGCGCCGUCGGAUCAUGAAGAACCGUGCGAGAAACAACCGCUUAAUGCAAGCGCACCAACACCAACAAAGCUCGGCAGCACUAUCCAAGGCAUCAUCCACUAUCAAGAAGCAACUGGACCCUGAAGAUCGCAUCACACUGGUCGUCGACAACACAACGUUCUCGAUCAAUCCAUCGCUGUUCACGGCCCACCCGAACACAAUGCUGGGCCGGAUGUUCAGCUCCGGUAUGGACUUCACGCAUCCGAACGACCGCGGGGAGUACGAAGUGGCCGACGGAAUUUCGCACACCGUCUUCCGGGCCAUACUGGAGUACUACCGGAACGGUGUCAUUCGAUGUCCACCGACCGUCUCCGUGCAGGAGCUGCGCGAGGCCUGUGACUAUCUGCUGAUCCCGUUUACGGCCGAAACCAUCCGGUGCCAGAAUCUGCGCGGAUUGUUGCACGAGCUAAGCAACGAGGGUGCUCGCGAACAGUUCGAAGUUUUCCUGGAAUCAUUGAUCCUGCCACUGAUGGUCGCUUCCGCUGAACGCGGCGAUCGUGAAUGCCACGUAGUAGUUCUUUCAGAUGACGACGUUGUCGAUUGGGAUGAAGAAUAUCCUCCUCAGAUGGGCGAAGAGUACUGCCAAACUGUGUCCAGCACUGUCAUGUAUCGUUUCUUCAAAUAUAUUGAAAACCGUGACGUGGCCAAGCAGGUACUGAAGGAUCGAGGUUUAAAGAAGAUUCGACUUGGCAUCGAGGGCUAUCCAACGUACAAGGAGAAGAUCAAGAAACGGGCCAGCGGUCGAGUCGAGGUGAUUUACAAUUACUUGCAGCGACCGUUCAUUCACAUGUCGUGGGAAAAGGAGGAGGCCAAGAGUCGCCACGUGGACUUCCAGUGCGUCAAGUCAAAAUCGGUGACAAAUCUGGCUGAAGCCACGGCUGAUCCGGCACUGGAACGAGAUUCAGCCGGGAAUCCUUUAUCACAACGUCAUUUCGACAUCUCAAACGAGCCGGACGUAGAUGCGAUUCGGCCCAUCGCGGCGGCCAUCGCCAUCGAUGGCGAAGAAGGAGCCAUUGGCGGGAUGGUGAAUCUGGAGGACGUGGCCGGAUCGGACGAGCCGUAGGCGAAAAACAAGCAGAAGCAUCAGCACAUUAUUAUAGACGAAUAAUUAACCAAAUAAUUUGAAUGACAUAGUUUGAUCGAUGGUAAAUUGCUGUUCACAGGACUAAAACACGCUGAAAUAGCUGUUCGAAAAAUAAGAAGAAUCAAUUUUUAGUUUCGAAGGGCAGAAGUCAUGAAUGCAGUGGAAUAAUCUUUGCUUAUACUAUUUUAAUCGUUUCUCGAUAAUUGAAUAUCGUUUAAUCAAUUCUGUUUUUAUACAUUAUUUUUCUCAAGACAUUAAAUAAUAAUCAUAAAUUUAAACAUUGCGAAAAAAAAUUGUUAGGAUCGUAAUAUUAUUAAAAAUUCGUCCGUUGCUUGUGGAUUUAAUUAUUUUUUAUUAAACAAAUAACCAUAUAAUGGACAGACAACAGUUAAAACAAUAAAAUUUACAUCCUCUUCGAUUGUCCUCCAUCUUACAAUUAUUUAAUACUUAUCUAUUAUCAAUAAAACAAAUUAAACUGGAAUAAAUUACAUAUUUAUGUUGCUAGUA